UGUUUCUACUGGGACCAGACUAGUUCCAGUUAGCACAAUGCAAAUGAAGUUUGCUGGAAUGUGAACUAGAAUGGGGCGGGGGCUACUCUGUUUCCAAAUUCCUAUGGCCUUUUUGGCCAGUGGGGUCUGUAGGUGUGCAGAAGUUCUUUGCUCCCAUGUCUCCCAGCCGUUACCCAGAGAAAGGCGUCUCUCUGAGCCACAUACUGUUAGUCCCCAACGCAGCGGGAGAAGACUCAUAGAGAUCUGUCAGUUCCCAAGAGGCUUGAAGGGGUUGAGGGGCUUGGGAGGGUGGCAGCAACCUAUAGGGAGCAUCUUCAAUGCCUGAGAACACCACCAGCUCGACACCGGCCGCUGUCCUCGUUUCUGGAGAGACAGGGUUGAGACAAGGAAUACAGGCGACAAUCUAAGCUGCCUUCAGCCCCGUGUAGCACGGGCCGGACAGAGCUGAUGCGGGUCCGCUACUAAACGUGCUCCGGGAGCUUCCCGGUGCUGCGUGCUAGGCCCCAGCUUUUUAAAAAAUUCCGGGACCGCUCCGCGGCGCUGCGAUUGGCCGCGGCCCCUUAACCUCUAUGCAAAUGAGGCCGCGCAGCCUCCGCGUCGCUGGAGACCGGUGGAGUUGGCAAGCGAGGAAGGGACGUUGGCACCGGGGCUGGGCGGGCUCAUCCAGAGCGGGGCCGGCAGGGACCCGCGCGCAGCUGUCCGGUGCCUGCGCGUCCUGGAGCAGAAGGGACGCCCCCCCAGCCUCGUAGCCCCCUCCCCUUGCUUUCCCUCCCGCCCCUCCCCCCGCCUGCCUGCCCGCACCACCUUCCUUCCACCCAGCCCCGCUCUAAAGGGAGUUCUUGGUUUCCUCCGAUUUCUUAUGAACCCAGGAUGGGCAGCAAGGAAGAUGUGGGGAAGGGAUGUCCGGCGGCCGGUGGCGUCUCCAGCUUCACCAUCCAGUCCAUCCUGGGCGGGGGCCCCUCCGAGGCACCGCGGGAGCCCGCCGGGUGGCCAGCCAGGAAACGCAGCUUGUCUGUGUCCUCGGAGGAGGAGGAGCCGGAGGAAGGCUGGAAGGCUCCGGCUUGCUACUGCCCAGAUCCGCACGGCCCCAAGGAGCCAAGCCCUAAGCACCAUCCCCCCAUCCCUUUCCCUUGCCUGGGUACCCCCAAGGGCAGCGGAGGCGCAGGGCCUGCGGCCUCGGAGCGCACGCCUUUCCUUUCUCCUUCUCACCCGGACUUUAAGGAAGAGAAGGAGAGGCUCUUGCCCGCAGGCUCGCCUUCUCCGGGCCCGGAGCGGCCACGGGACGGCGGUGCAGAGCGCCAAGCCGGAGCGGCCAAGAAGAAGACGCGCACCGUCUUCUCCCGCAGCCAAGUGUACCAGCUCGAGUCCACCUUCGACAUGAAACGCUACCUUAGCAGCUCGGAGCGCGCUUGCCUCGCCUCCAGCCUGCAGCUCACCGAGACCCAGGUUAAGACUUGGUUUCAGAAUCGCCGCAACAAGUGGAAGCGACAGCUUUCCGCCGAGCUAGAGGCGGCCAACAUGGCACACGCGUCGGCGCAGACUCUCGUGGGCAUGCCGUUGGUAUUUCGGGACAGUUCGCUACUGCGAGUGCCGGUGCCACGCUCUCUCGCCUUUCCGGCUCCGCUCUAUUACCCCAGCAGCAAUCUCUCGGCCUUACCGCUCUACAACCUGUACAACAAGCUUGACUACUGACACGCCCGCUGGCUCCCGGGGCGCCUCUGGUCGCCUGCAGUUGCCUGCAUAGUCCGGCGCGGUCGGUAUCCUUACUGGGGCUCCGGAGCAGAGCGGCGCGUGUCCAGAAAUAUUAAGAAAUACACCAUGUGUAUUCGUUAUGUCUUAUUUAUGGCCUCUUCCCUACUUUUUGGGUUUUUUGUUUUGUUUUGAGUAUUUAUCCGCAUUCCUCACACCAGAGCACCUGCUUUCUACACAAAACCAAACCAACACGCCACGCGUAUGAAACUAUUUUGGAAGGGGAGAUUCUCGGGUAGUGGUGGGAAAGGGGGUUUUGAUUGGCCGGUAGCAAGAAAAAAAACAUCAGAAAAAUACCAACAAAACCAGGUAGUCUUUCUCCCAUAUAUACACCUGUAUAUGUAUAUAAAUAGUGUACAAGGACACAAUCUCAGCCGAGCGGAGCCCACUAGGACGUUGGCCAUUGAACCAAUCACUUCUCUUUAUUCCCUUCAUCUUGAGGAUGAGUAGGGGUGAAACGAGGAGAGUACAGAUCUGUAAAUAUUUUUAAAGAGAAAAAAAAUAAAACGUUUUAAACAUGGUUGCUAACUUUGGAGGGAUUGUCCCACCAGAAAGCGCGCAGAGGAGUUUCUGGAUUUUUAGCGCCAGGGCGAGCAAGAUUCUGUUUCCUCUCUCCGCCCCCACGGUCUUGCUCUCACCACGUGAAGGUGGGGUUGGGCUCAGAGGUUAAAGGUCGGGAUAUUGGGGCUGCCCAGGUAGCACGUGACUGAAGCUGCCUACAGAACAACACAGUUUCCACGACCCAGGUGUGCGGGUUGGGAUGCGCUCUGAGAUAGAAUCCAGAUCCCGAGCCCGCGCCGCGAAAGACUAAGCCAGGAGCCUGGCUGCUGACCCGGUUGCCUCUGGGAAUGAGCCGGGCAAGGAGGUGAACAUCUCCCUGGUACUGGGAUCUCGGUUUUUUGGGCUAGACAAAGCUGGGAACACCAGGAAAAGCCGGAACCCUGGCGCGCUCUUGGCGUCCUCCUGUGCGGAGUAAAACUGGAGUGUGAGAAAGCGUCAGCUUGGGGUCCAGAGCCCCACGCGACCCGCUUGCAGCCCUCGCAGGGUUCUCCGGCUAGGGACACAGUUGCGGGUUCUGCGCAGAGCUGGAAGUGAUGCCUAAAGGUCAGAUUUCGUUGGAGGGAUUCGUGGAGCAGGUGACACAGGCGCUUCCCUAUUUUUUUUUUUUUAUAGUUGUUAAAUUUGCACUGUGAGUGACCAAAUGGUCGGAUCAUUGGCCAACACUCAGCAGCUGUUUCUGAAUCGAGCCUUGAGGAUUGCAGUGCCCAGCCUCCUGCCUGCCUGCCUGCCUGCAUGCAGGGCUGGGGAGGCGCUGCACCCAGAGAACUGCAGCGCCAGGACCAUGCAAAUCGCAGCACUGUACUUCCUCUACGUUUUAAUAGCAUCCACCUGUUUCUUGCUAAACGUCGGAAAUGGGUGCUGGAGCUUGGCCUCAGAUCGAGUUAUUAGGUCCGGCCCACCUCCUCUCAGUGGUUGACCUGGGUGUGAGAAGCUAGGAGUCUGCAGCGCCAAGACCCUAUUUCUUCAGAAAAAAACUGGUGCCUGAGGGGCCUGUCUCUUUGAGCCAAGAGGCAUCGAAAUGACUUGCAUUUUGUAGAAAUUCACAGGAUGUAAACGUUUACAUGACCCAUACCGUUCCGUGAAAAAUGCCUGGCCGAAGAGCUUUGCCCAUUUUCUUAUCACAUUAUAUUUUAUAAAACCUGCAAUUCCUCCGAGGUGACUUCAGAUGGAUGCUACUCAAGAAUGCACCCGACAAUACUAGGUUGGUUGACUUGCAUUUAUUUUAUUUUAGCUGUGUUCACAUCAAUAAGUAUUUGUUGAGGUCCCAACAUGUGCUAAGAAGCCACACUAAGCUUGGGGUGGUCAAAAGGAGAACGCAGAGAGGCCUAUCCGUUCUUUUCUUACUUAUUAAAUAUGUUUCCCAUUGC